CCGGGAAGUGGCGCUAUCCGCGGAGCGUCAGCCGCGGGCGGGUGGCGCUGCCGGGACCCUGCGGGUUCGUGAGCGGGCAGGGCGUGGGGGAGGGGGAGGGAGCAGACCCCCUGCACACGUGUCCCAUGCAGCCAGCGGAGAAAGUCUCGUACAAGGUCACCUGUUCCGACGCGGCGUCCCAGCAGCCCAGGGCCGCCAGCCCAGACCCAGACCCGGCUUUCCCGCUCGCCUGCCCACUCCCGACCCUCCAUCCCUGCGCCCACGCUAAGCCCGAUGAUGAGUGGGACCAGAGUGCCAUUGGGAGCUACUACGAGUUGUUCGCGGCCGCACUGGGCAACCUGGAAUGGUUGCGCUUCUGUCUGAGUCGGGACCGUGACAAAAUUCCGGCAGAUGACAAGGGCUUCACUGCCAUCCACUUUGCAGCCCAGAGUGGCAAGCUGCCGUGCCUGCAGCUCUUGGUAGAGGAGUACCAGUUUCCCGUGGACCUGCCCACCAGCAGUGGCCAGACACCCCUGCACCUGGUCAUCCACGGGGACAACAAGACCAUGACCCUCCCCUGCAUUCACUAUCUACUUAAGCGAGGGGCGGCCCUCAACACUCAGACAUGCAAUGGCUCCACACCCCUCCACCUGGCAGCCUGCAAGGGCUUGCUGAGCUGCGUGAAGGUGCUGGUGCAAAAUGGUGCCAAUGUCCAUGCCCGAGACGCCGUGGGCUGCAAGCCCAUCGACUACUGCAAAAUAUGGAACCACCGUGACUGUGCCCGGUUCUUGAAGGAUGCCAUGUGGAAACGGGACAAGAAGGACUUUGCUCGUGAGAUGGGGAAACUGAAGAGGCUCAAGGACCAGCUGGUCUUCAUGGAACAGGACUACCUGACUGAGUAUCAAAAAGAGCACCAAAUUCUGAGAGAAGCUGAUUUCAAGAAGUGGCUCCAUUGCAAGAAGCUGCUCUGGGGCCAAUCCACGAUCUGCAAGGCCAAGCAAGCGCCUUGUGCCGCACCCCAGGCGAUCCCCAUCUCCAAGACCCCCAAGCACCAGAGGCCUUGGAAGAGCUUCUACCCCUCCCCAGAGGCACGCCUGAGGCAGACAUCAGGGCCCAAGCUGCAGCCCUUGGGGACACCCACACCCAUCUACACCCACCCCGUGGUCAGACGGCCCAAGUUGUGGAAUGUUAGCAAUAACCCUGCCAGAUCGCCCACCACCCAGAUCGGCUACCCACAGGGCAUCCGCCUGGGUGUGCAUCCAGACCCCAGGCCAGAGCAAGACUUCUGCAGCUUCCUCGAGGUGAGGUCUGACAGGCACGGCGGUGCGCAGCUGUGCACGGUGGCCGGCCACCCGGUGGCGCCUGUGCCCCAGCUGCCUUUCGAGGUGGUAGUCCGAGAGCUGCACCCUUCAGUGUGGCCACCCAGGAUGAAAGUGCCCCAGGGCUUCUGCCCUGUCAGCAUGAGGAAUGUGCCCCAGAAGCGGCACUUGGGUGAUGACAACUUCUGGACCGACACUCUGGCCAUGAACCUCCGUGAGACAUUUGAUGAAGCCUUCCUGGCAGCUGUGCGAGCCCAUCAAGGGCUCCCCACUCUGCCCUCCCCCACAAGCCCCCCAUAA